CAGGGAAUGUGUCAGUGAUGUUUCCUACCUCUCUCUCGAUCUGACUCUAAUUUAAUUCGAACUACUUCCUUUCCUGCACGGGUUGUUUGUUUUGUUUGCUUCCCCCUGGAGAAACUUCAAUGCGAUAAAUCUCCAGAUCCAAAGCUUGAGGCUGUUUCAGCCAAUAAUCUCCCUCGUUUCACACUCGAUCUCGCCUUUAAAUCGUAGUAUUUGGCGUGGUUUAAUUGGGAGAAGGAGCUCGAUUCUUACGAGCUGGGAUUGUAGAAGAAGAUGAUGUUCAGAUCGAGGAUAAAAUGGAUAGCACUGUUGGUGCUGAUUUUAUCAGUGGGAUCUAUCGUUGUUCAUCUCUCGAUUACAAAGUCUUCAUCUGUACAGUUGGCUUCUUAUGCUAGAGAUUCCCUUUGGCAAGAUUUUGAUUCUUUGUUGGGUGGUGGUGCUAAGGAUUUUAGAAAUAAGCACUUAUGGCGGCCUGUUAAAUCGUUGGAGACCUUGCAGCCCUACGCCAAUCCUAGAAACAAUUAUCCUGCGCCUGGUUCAAAAACUAAUGGCUUCAUUUACGCAAAGAUAUUUGGUGGAUUUGACAAUAUAAGAUCAUCGAUAUGUGAUCUUGUCACCAUAUCCAGGCUUCUAAAUGCUACUCUUAUCAUUCCAGAGCUUCAAGAGAGUCUUCGCUCAAAAGGCAUUAGCAAAAAGUUCAAGAGUUUCUCCUAUCUUUAUGAUGAAGAACAGUUUAUAUCUUUUCUUAAAAAUGAUGUUGUGGUUGCGAAGGCCCUUCCUGAGAGCUUUAAAGCCGCAAGAAAAAGGAAUGAGUUUCCUCUUUUUAAGCCCAAAACUUCUGCAUCGCCAAACUUUUAUCUCGAGGAUGUAUUGCCAAAGUUAAAGAAAGCUAAUGUCAUUGGAUUGAUCAUCUCUGAGGGGGGAUGCUUGCAGUCAACUUUGCCAGCUUCAAUGCUUGAACUUCAAAGACUAAGGUGUAGAGUUGCCUUCCAUGCACUCCAGCUUCGUUCUGAAAUCCAGGUGCUGGGAAAGAAGAUUGUCGACAGGUUACGUAAAUCAGGUCAACCCUUCCUAGCUUAUCAUCCUGGCUUAGUGAGGGAUAAAUUGGCAUAUCAUGGUUGUGCUGAGCUUUUCCAGGAUCUUCACAGUGAACUCAUUCAGUAUCGGCGGGCUCAGAUGAUCAAACAGAAGUUUAUUUCAGAAGAACUUAUUGUAGACUCGCACGUGCGCAGGGACAAAGGCUUAUGUCCUCCCAUGCCAGAAGAGGUCGGAAUCCUUCUGAAAGCACUGGGUUAUUCUCAAAAAGCGAUUAUAUAUUUAGCUGGUUCUGAAAUGUUUGGCGGUCAACGUGUUUUGAUCCCUCUGCGUGCCAUGUUCCCUAAUUUAGUGGAUCGGACUUCUUUAUGCAGCACAGAAGAAUUAUCAGAAUUGGUUGGUACUGAGACAUAUCUUCCAGAAAAUACAUUUGAAAUGCCUCCUCGUAAAAGCGAUAAGCAGCUUAAAGAAGAGUGGAACAAGGCAGGUACUCGGCCUAGACCUCUCCCUCCUCCUCCAGACAGACCUAUUUACCAGCACGAAAAAGAAGGCUGGUAUGGUUGGCUUACAGAGAAUGAUACAGAACCAACCCCUUCACCUAUGGAUCUUAGGAAUCAAGCACACAGGUUACUAUGGGACGCACUUGACUUUGUUGUAUCUGUAGAAGCUGAUGUGUUUUUCCCUGGUUUCAACAACGAUGGUAGUGGGUUGCCAGAUUUUUCAAGUUUGGUAAUGGGUCAGAGGCUCUAUGAAAGACCAUCGUCACGAACUUACAGACCAGACAGGAAAGCUAUUCAAGAAUUUUUCAACAUGACCCGUGAGGACAUGUACCAUCCCAACCGUAACUGGACAUUUCAUGUGAGGAAACAUCUUAACUCAAGUUUGGGUGAGAGUGGGCUUAUCAGGCAGUCUAUGCUGUCGAAACCCAGGUUGUUUCUUUCCCAUCCACUUCCUGAAUGCUCAUGCAGAACAUCUCCCCUUGAAGAAUCCAGACAAAUACGAAGCGAUGAUGGCAGAUUACUGUAUGGAGGUGAAGAUGAAUGCCCUAAAUGGAUAAAAUCAGCUGGGGUGGAAAAGAGUAAAACUGAUGAUGGUGAUCAGCCUGAUUAUGAACAUGAUCUUCUCACUGAACAGUCAGAAACUGAAGAAGAAUUUGCAAAAAGUAAGGUGGCUUCAGCUUUUGACCAGGAUGAAGAAUGGGAUCCCAAUGACUAGCACUCUGACAACGAUACAGAUUCUGCCGUCAGGUGUCAUUUGAUUUUUAUAUAGUUACCGGCUUUUGUUUUUUUCUUUUCUGAGAAUAAGCUUUUUUAGUUUCAUUCUUUAAGUAGUGGUUUCUUGCAAAUUAGUUGCAUACUCUUUAUACGUCAAAGCCUUCUCAAAGAUAUUGGUAUUGCCUCCAAAGCGUCCUUAUGCAGCAAAGGAUGAACGUUAUGGUUCAUCCCUUCCCUAAGGUCUUCUUCCCAUGUAGCAAAUGUGAAGCUGGAGGUAAUCUUUUUUUUUUUUUUUUU